AUGAACGUAGUAGACAUAUCGAUCGACCAUCACGUUUUAGGCCAACUAGCACAGGAAAAGUUAUCUACAAUAGCAACUCCUCUAGGCAAUACUAUUAUCGAGAUACAAGGCGAAUUAGAUAUUCCUAGCUUGCAGCAGCUUCCGAAGGAUAAUUACUUGCAAGACAGUAGAUUUUCUUUAGAUUCUCAAGAUAAUCCUAUAGUGAAAGUAGGCAUAUUGAAUAUAGACCAGGAUUCAAAACAAGUUACCAUGUAUGUAGGGACAACUCAGCGUCUCUUAGGAAAAAUUGAGAAGCUUGACCCUCCUCUAGGGCUCUUACAUUUUGUUAGUGAAACCAAAGAAUAUCAACUGAAAGAUGUGUUUACUCAUAAGAUCGUAUUCAGGAAUAGACCAUUACCAAUUAUGUGA